AUGUCCAGCUCAGCACUUCUCUGUUGCCUGGUCUUCCUGGCCGGGGUGGGAACCAGCCGAGAGCAGAGCAUGCCAUCUCAGAACAACUGCAGUGACUUCCCAGCCAACCUGCCCAACAUGCUUCGAGAGCUCCGUGCUGCCUUUAGCAGGGUGAAGACUUUCUUUCAAAUGAAUGACCAGCUGAACAGCAUGCUGCUGAACAGGUCCUUGCUGGAAGACUUUAAGGGUUACCUGGGUUGCCAAGCCUUGUCAGAGAUGAUCCAGUUUUACCUGGAUGAGGUGAUGCCCCAGGCUGAGAGCCAGGGCCCAGACAUCAAGGAGCACGUGAACUCACUCGGGGAAAAGCUGAAGACACUCAGGCUGAGGCUGCGGCGCUGUCAUCGCUUUCUGCCCUGUGAAAACAAGAGCAAAGCAGUGGAGCAGGUGAAGAGUGCCUUUAGUAAGCUCCAAGAGAAAGGGGUCUACAAAGCCAUGAGUGAGUUUGACAUCUUCAUCAACUACAUAGAAGUUUACAUGACAAUGAAGAUGAAAAAAUGAAACAUCCUACGGAACAAAACAUCCAGGAUGAUGACUCUACUAGACUCUAGGACAUAAAUUAAAGAUCUUCAGAAUUAGAUCCAGAGUUCCAGGAGAGACAG